UUCAGUUUUCGUUCAACAUUUGUGUCGUGCAGACCCAGUCACAGAUUCAUUCAUCGAUUGCAGGGGAAGAAAGUGAGGCAGGACCUAACGCGCACCCAGUAGCAUCCAAAGCAUACACUCAAGGAUGGAACGAUUGCUGACCAUGUUCGAGGAGGCGGAUCCCUUCGCCACGUGGUGGCCCACGAUAGCGGCCCUCACGGUGGGCAUUGUGAUUACGGUGCGGACCUUAAUGAGCGGCCAGCGCUGUCCGAACGAUAAUCAAAUCAAGGAGCAAAUCGUGGUGGUCACCGGCGGCAACAGCGGCAUUGGCUUCGAAAUAGCCCAGGCUCUGGCUGGCCGAGGUGGCCGGAUAAUCCUCGCCUGCCGCAAUCUCGAGGCCGGGAAGCGGGCGGCGGCCAUAAUCAAACGUGAGCUGGGCUGCCGCACACCCCUGAAUUCCUUGGAUGAGGAUGACAAUCCGGAGGACAGGUACUUCGUGGAGGCACGCUACUUGGACCUCUGUUCGCUGCGCAGUGUCCAUCACUUUGCCGGCCAGCUGAUGGCGGAAUUCGAGCGGAUCGAUGUGCUGGUGAACAAUGCCGGAGUGGUAUUCGCCAACACUCAGAUGCCCACCGAGGAUGGCUUCGAACGGCACAGCCAGGUGAACUAUCUGGCCCCCUUCCUGUUGACCCACCUGCUCCUGCCACACUUGCAACGCUCGGAGCAAGGACGCAUCCUCUUCGUUUCCGCCCAUGCCCAUCAGGGCGCCAAAAUCGAUUUCGACGAUCCCCUGAAUGUGGGCACCUGGUCGGUGAAGUUCCACGCCCGCGAAGCAUUUGCCCACUCCAAGCUCUGCGUGCUCCUUGCCACCCGUUGGAUGGCCAGGGAACUGAAAGGUACCUCGGUCACGGUCAACUGCUGUACGCCAGGACUCGUCCGUGGAACCCGCCAUUUUCGCAACUCGCCGCUGAUGUCGUCCCUCUGCGUGAAGGCGGUCACCUAUCCGUGGAUGUGGCUGUUCAUGAAGAAUGCCUACGAGGGCGCCCAGUGCGCCAUCCGCUUGGCCACCGAUCCCCAGCUGAAGGAAGUCACCGGCGAGUACUUCAAUGAUUGCGAAAUUGCGGCAAGUUCGGUGACGGGCCAAGACAAGGAGUUGGCCAAGAAGCUGUAUAUGCAAACCAUAAAAACCCUCGAAAGCGUUACCAAGCUAACCGUCGACAGGGAGGAGUACGGCUUGGAUUUGCAGCUGGAGAUGGAGUCUGAGCUGAGGCUGGAGGAACCGGCGGAAGCGGAACCGGAAACGGAAACGAACCAGGCAGCGGAUGAAAAGAAGUGGCAGGGGAAUGGUGAGACGAAGCAGCCGUAGUCAUUGGAGUGAUUUAUGCCUGGCACGCGGCCCGAGUUCCUUGGAGACUGCCAACUGCAACGUCUAUUUGCAUUCGGUUUAACAAUUGCCGCAUUAGGCAGCCUCCCCUCGCCCACCUCCCCCCUCCCCCCUCCCGCCAUUUUAUGUGGACCCCUGACUUUGUGGGGCUUCCCCGUUUUUCGCCGGAAAUAAAUGCAACUUUAAUGUGCGAGCAGCCUGAAUUUGCCGAGUUUGUACUUUUCGAGCAGCGUCGAUGGGCUGAAUACGUUGGUGCUUGAGCCUUUGAUUUAUUCCCAAUUUAAAAUGCCCUCGUUUGAGCGGGAAUCCCUGCAAGAAUCCCAGAAUGGACAGUCGCAAGCUAUUCGGGUGAAUAAUAGAAAUGGAUGGGGAGCUUUGGGAAUUUUCAAAGGAGGCAGAAUGGCUAAAUCCCUUUUUCGAAGGAAAAUAUUUCUAUUAAAUCGUCAUAGUUAUUAUAAAAUUUAUUUAAUUUUAAUUAAAAUUCUUACUUGUCCUGCACAUUUUCCAAUCUAACUGAAAUCAUUUGCAUUUCAUUCGAUACAACUAAAGUGCAGAGAUUAUUUCCAUUCCCGACGCCAUGCCCCAAAUAAAAUCCAAAAUAGCAGCCCCGAAUUGUAAUCAUAUAUUUGGCAGUCCAAAUGCUGGAAAAUCCAUGGGCACCAGCUUGAAUGGAGAAUAGAGAAUGAGCUAAUUGCGAAAUGUUUUUCGCUCCGUCUAAAUUUGGCCCCCUCCCAGCGCCCGACUCCUGAUCUCUGGGGCAAAUGGCAACGCGUGCCAACAAACUGUUGAUUACCAGCAACAACAACGAGGACUUGAACUCACACAAAUACUCGCCUAAAUAUAUGUUUGUAUGUGUGUAUAUAUGGCUGUACGGACGGAAAACAAACCAGAGAUGCAAGGCCAAUUAUUUUUAGUUCAGCUAAAACCGAUUUCCAUUAUAAUGUGUGUACAAUCUACAAUGCGAGGCUUAGACGAGGACAUGCCAGGGGCAGACAGCAGGGAGAAUUCUACAUUCCGAGGAGCCGGAACCCACAUACACAGAGAACAAAUAGACCGUUGUCUUACAUCUUAAUCUGGCUAAUUGAUUUAAAAAUGUUUCUAUUAUGUUUAAAUCCUGCUAAAACUUCAUUU